CGGGUUCAGCUCGCUGAUGGAGCCUCGGGCCGCUAUCACAAAACUCAACAACAGAGCGUUACCAUGGAAACACUGCAUCCACCUGACCCUGCUGCUGGUGCACCUGAGUUCACCUGGAGUAAAAGCGACCUGUCGUAUCUUGAGAUGUAACUCGGACUUUGUGGCAGCGACGUUGGACCUGGGCAGCAGCGGCAGCAGCGGAGGGGGAGGGGCAGAGGGAGGAGCAUCGACAGCAGCUCUUAGCAGGGAGGCGAUGAAUGCAGGUUACUGUAGCGCCCUGCGCUCCUAUGCUAUGUGCACGAGGCGGAUGGCGCGGGCAUGCCGGGGGGACCUGGCCUACCACUCAGCUGUUCAGGGCAUCGAAGACCUGCUGAUCCAACACCGUUGCCCCCGAGCGGGGCCCACCGCACAGCCCCGUCCCCUCCCUCAGGGCACGCUGUCGGGGGACGCCUGUCUCUAUGAGCGGAGCUUCUUCUCCAGAGAGCGCCGCAUGCCGGAGUACCUGCACUGCAGCGUCUUUGGAGACCCGCAUGUUCGAACCUUCAACCACGACUUCCAGACGUGUGCUGUGCAGGGGGCGUGGCCUCUCGUAGACAACGAGUAUCUAUACAUACAGGCCACCAGCUCGCCAACAAGGGAGGGGACGCAAGCCACGGCGCUCACCAAGAUAACCAUCAUCUUUAAGAACAUGCGUCAGUGCGUCGAUCAGCAGCUGUACCAGGCCGAGCUCGAUAACGUCCCCGCUGCCUUCGCUGACGGCUCGGUCUGGAGCGGUGAAAGGCGGGGUCACCACAGCCUGACGGUGCGGACCCAGAGUCCCGGCCAACAUGCGGAGAUCAGAGCUGCUCACAUCGGGACACUGCUGGUCGUGCGUCAGAGCGGACGCUCGCUUGGCCUGUCGGUCCGCUCGCCACGUGGCAUCAUGGAGGCCUUCGGCCCGGAGCAGGACCUGCAGCUGUGCGUGUGGGGCUGCCCCCCCUCGCAGAGACUCAACACGCUCCGCCCACUGUCACCCGACCCCCCGCCUCCCUUUGCUCUCAGCGCCCAGACUCACUGCGCUGCGCUGCUUCCUGACAGAGACAUCUACUACCACGCCUGUGUGUUUGACCUGAUCAACAGCGGAGACCUGAAUUCCAGCAUGGCCGCCAUCAACGCGCUGCAGGACGCCAUGAGCAUGAUCUCUGACGUGCAGACGCUCCACCUGCUGCCUGUGGCCUCCAGCCUGCAGCACCAUGCACACCUGGACCUCCUGCUGCUCUUGCUGCUGCUGGGCCUGUCGCUCAGGUGACACGUUUCCUCCAAUCAGAGAUGGUCUCUGAUUAAAUCUGUGACAGCUGCAGGGCUCGACCUGCACGCUGAUUCAGACUUCAACCGGGUUUCCUAAGAACAGAAAUGAAACAGAAAUGUUUCAGGAAAUAAUUAAAUGAUGAUGAGGUCAUGUGACUGAAGCAGCUCACCUGAGGACAUGUGACUGAAGCAGAUCCAGCUGUUUCCUGAUGUGAGGGACAUGUUGCUGGACAUGGAGUUGAAGCUUUGUUUUGAUCAGGUUUUACAAAUCUGAAUCUUUGUUAUGAAGAAUAAAGUUUCUGUUAGUGAACUUUUUAUUUAUUAAACAUCUGAAUAUCAAA